UUACCACCACCACGUAAUAGAGAAGUGCUCCUACUCAGCCAAACACCUUGCUUUUUCCCUUCUAUAAAUACUCCCUCACUUUCUUCUCUUCCUCAUUCAGAACUCUUACAUAAAUAAAUAUACUCACCUAGCAUUUCUGGUUUUCUCUGAAAAAAAUCAGCCAAGGCAAUGGAGAUUGAUCUAAAUCCAAGGACCGCCAACCAAACGUUGUUUGAAGGAGAAGGUGGAGGAUACUACUUAUGGUCAAGUAAAGAGUUUCCAUUGCUUGCUCAGACAAAGCUUGGUGCUGGUAAGCUUGUUCUGAAACCCAAUGGCUUUGCUCUGCCUCACUAUGCCGAUAGCUCCAAAGUUGGUUAUGUUCUUCAAGGAUCCGAUGGAGUAGUUGGAAUGGUAUUCCCAAAAAAAAGAUCUUCCAAAGAGGUAGUUCUAAAGCUUAAGAAGGGAGAUAUUAUUCCUGUUCCUCUAGGAGCACUCUCAUGGUGGUACAACAAUGGAGAUUCUGAACUAGUUAUUGUAUUUUUGGGCCAAACCACAAAGGCUUAUGUUCCUGGAGAAUUUACGUAUUUCCUUUUAACUGGUGGUCUGGGAAUACUUGGAGCUUUCUCAACUGAGUAUACAAGCAAAGCUUUUGAUAUGAGCAAAGAUGAAGCAAAAGAGCUAGUGCAAAGCCAAUCUGGGGUUCUCAUAAUCAAGCUAGAAGCUGGGAAAAAAAUGCCAAAACCCCAAUUGCUCAAAACCAAAGAAUUGGUUUUCAACAUUAAUGACUAUUCUUCUUUGGCUGAUGAUGAAAAUGUAAAGAGAGGUGGAAUAGUAACUACAGUUAACAAAUCCAAAUUCUCUUUUAUAGGAGAAGUUGGAUUGACUGCUACUCAUUUGAAACUCGAACCCCAUUCCAUGAGCUCGCCCAUUUACACCACUGAUUCGAGCGUCCGAGUGAUAUACGUUGUGAAAGGGAGUGGUAGGAUUCAAAUUGUUGGUAUUCAGGGUAAAAGGGUUUUGGAUACUGAAGUUAAGGCUGGUCAGUUGGUUGUUGUACCAGCAUUCUUCGUCGAAGCAAAAAUUGCAGGUGAAGAAGGAAUGGAGUGCUUCUCUAUCAUAAACAGUGCAGAGCCAAUUUUAGAGGAUAUAGCUAGCGAUGAAUCGGUACUGGCCGCUUUGUCACCUGAGGUGUUACAAGCCUCCCUCAAUAUUAGUGCGGUGUCUGGAAAACACUUUAUUUCAGAGAUUAUGAAGAACUCCAUUAUCCUCCCUCCAACAAAUUAAAUUAAUUAUAUAAGCAAAUAAUAUAUAAGUAUUACGACUUUUCCAGUUUAGUUUAAUUAGCAAAUGAAAUAAUCUUGUGGGAAUUAAUUUUCUCUUAUGUUAUAAAUCUUUCCAUGUUGCUGGUGGUCAGCACGAAGCAUUUUAUUUUGUUGUUAAUUUUUAUCCUUAAAUUUAAGAAUUCCACCAGCUCACUUAUUUGUACCUAUGGGGACGUAUUAUAUGUAUAUUUCCCAUUUCAUAAUGGAGUUAUCUAUAAUUUAUGAUACUUUUUUCUU